AGUAACACUGUCAAUUUGACCUUGUGGGGACAUUUUGAUCCCCAUAAGGGAAAACAGUUUAUAAAUCAUACAGAAUUAUAUUGAUUGCAAAAUAAAAACUGCAGAAAUUUUGUGAUUAUUGGGCUUAGGUGUGGGGGUAGGUUUGGGGUGUAGAAUACAUCAUAAGCCUGAUAUAUAAUCAAUGGAAGUCUAAGGAAUGUCCCCACAAAACAUGGAAACCUGAGUGUGUGUGUGUAAGACUAUCUGCACGCCGAGGCACUAAAUUGGGUAAGAGAGCAAUGAAACAGCUGUUGAGGGGAUCAGUCCGACAGAGACGAGUCCGGUGAGUCGUGUCAUUAUAAACACUCUUUAUCUAUUUGACUGGUACUUCAGGGAAGAAACGAUGGCCUGUACAAACAGCAGGAAAGAGUAUAUGUCAGUGAAAGACCUGCAGAAAGUUCUGGACUCGUGUAAGUUAGGUCUGCACCAAAUCGAUGAGGUCUGGCCAAACAUUUACAUCAGCAACGUAGGAAUUGCUCAGAACAGAAGUACCCUGCAGAAACUUGGCAUCACUCAUAUUCUGAAUGCUGCUCACUCCAAAAGAGGAAGCAUCGGGGACAAAAAGUACUACGGUACCAGUGUUGUUUACUGCGGUAUCCCGGCUGAUGACUCCACACACUUUGAUUUAGACGUUUACUUCAAGCCGGCAGCAGAUUUCAUUCACAAAGCUCUUCACGCUCCUGAUGGAAAAGUUCUGGUGCAUUGCAUCAUGGGAAUGAGCCGCUCCUCGACACUGGUGCUGGCGUAUCUGAUGCUCUAUCACAACAUGUCUCUACACAAGGCCAUAAAGCGUGUCAUCCAGAAACGGGCCAUAUAUCCCAACAGAAACUUUCUGGCAUUGCUGCUGGAUCUGGACCUACAGACGAAGAGAAAACACAGAACUUCUCAACACAGCGUGGCGUCAGAAAUGCCCCGGAGCAGCAGUUUUCUGGGCUGUACUGAGGACAGAUAUGAGACCCCUCCUGGAUCUGAGCUUCAGAGAUUACUGUGGAUCAAACCUGGAAGCAGCAGCCACCUGGACGAGGUCAGACCUGGAAUCUACAUCGGAGACAUGUAUGCAGCGAAGAACAAACGUUUGCUACAAUCCCUUAAAAUCACACACGUGUUGAACGCAGCUCACGGGAAGUUUAAUGUUAACACUGGGGUCAGUUAUUACAGAGACACGAACAUCACAUAUCACGGUGUGGAGGCGUUUGAUAUGAGCUCUUUUGACCUUAGUCCGUUCUUCUACUCGUCUGCAAAGUUCAUCAAGAGCGCCAUGAGCACCCCUGGAGGUAAGGUGCUCGUGCACUGUGCCAUGGGUUUGAGUCGCUCUUCAACUCUUGUCUUAGCGUAUCUGAUGAUUCAUGAAGACAUGACGCUGGUGGAAGCCAUCAAAGCAGUCGCAGAACACAGAAACAUCUGUCCAAACUCUGGAUUCGUGGAACAACUGCGAGAACUGGACCAGAAACUCCUCGGCCGGAGCUCUGCUGAGUGACCAUCACACAUUUAUAAUUACUUAGAAAUAGUGUAGAUAUCAUAAAAGACAAUUAAAACAUUUUUGACAAAAUACACUUUUCAGAAAUAACUUAAAUGAACCUGUUUAGAUCACAUACGGAAUGUAAUUUGUAGAUAAAAAAUAAAAUAUAUUUUGAGAAAUGUCAAGAUCUUUAUUGAAAACAUUUGAUUUAAUUUAAAGACCAAGUCAGACGUGUAUCCAUAUUAUUGUCACUCACAUUCAGUUGUUAUUGUGUUUUAUAUUUUUCUGUGUGAAAGAAGGUGUUAAAAUCUGAUUACGUUUCUAAAAUAAUUGUGCCUUUACACAAUGCUGUUGUUUCAGCAGGAAUGGAGUGUUAGACAAACAGGUUUACAGUUUUGUUGAAAGAUUAGUUAAAAACUAUUUUCCAGUGGUAAAUAGAGUCAAUUUUAAACUGAUGUUUGUUUCAAUCAUGUUAUGAAUCUCUGUUAAGCUUAGAAGUUCAGCUUUCGGGUUCAUCUACUCUCCACAACGCCAUUACAUCGCUAAACAAAUAGAGAGCGUUCACACAAACCUGCUUCUUCUAAGCAACGGCCUCCUACAGCGUCUCUGAUUUACUUCAAGGGGAUUUUUUGCAUAUAUUGUAUUGUCUGAUCCUAACAAACCACACAUCAAUGAAAAGCUUAUUUAUUCAACUUUCAGAUGCUGCAUAAAUCGUAAUUUCGAAAAAUCAACCAUCAAGACUGGUUUUGUUCUCCAGGGUCACAAAAUUAAAAAAAGUUACAAAACUCAACUCUCUCUCUCUUUC